GCCGCCUGCGAGUCCCGCGCCCGGACUUUGCCAUCGGCGGGGGGCCGGCCGCGGGAGCGCCCCGGAAUGUGUCCUGCAGCCUCUGCCUGAGCUUCAGCCCACGCGGGGCCCGUGACCGGGUCUGAGGGAGCCGCGGGAAGCAUGGAGACCGUGGUGAUUGUUGCCAUAGGCGUGCUGGCCACCAUCUUUCUGGCCUCCUUUGCAGCCCUGGUGGUGGUCUGCAGGCAGCGCUAUUGCCGGCCUCGCGACCUGCUGCAGCGCUAUGAUUCCAAGCCCAUUGUGGACCUCAUCGGCGCCAUGGAGACCCAGUCUGAGCCCUCGGAGUUAGAGCUGGACGAUGUCGUCAUCACCAACCCCCACAUCGAGGCCAUUCUGGAGAACGGAGACUGGAUUGAAGAUGCCUCGGGUCUCAUGUCCCACUGCAUUGCCAUCUUGAAGAUCUGUCACACUCUGACAGAAAAACUGGUUGCCAUGACAAUGGGCUCAGGGGCCAAGAUGAAGACUUCAGCCAGUGUCAGCGACAUCAUCGUGGUGGCCAAGCGGAUCAGCCCCAGAGUGGACGACGUUGUGAAAUCCAUGUACCCGCCGCUGGACCCGAAACUUCUGGAUGCGCGGACAACUGCCCUGCUCCUGUCUGUCAGUCAUCUGGUGCUGGUGACCAGGAAUGCCUGCCACCUGACUGGGGGCCUGGAUUGGGUUGACCAGUCGCUGUCAGCUGCUGAGGAGCACUUGGAAGUCCUUCGAGAAGCAGCCCUGGCUUCUGAGCCUGAGAAAGGCCUGCCAGGCCCUGAAGGCUUCCUGCAGGAGCAGUCGGCUAUUUAGUGCCUGCAGGCCAGCAGCUGAGCACAAGGGCCAGCCUGCUGCUGUCUGGCAGCCCAGCGGAGCCUUCCACUUUGUCUGUAGUUAGUUGUUGCGCACAGCUCGGGAGUCCAGCUGUGUGCACAGCAAAGCAGGAGAGCCCCUGUGAGUUGAUGCUUCUGUUGCAGUUGCAAAUGGUGGCUGGUGAGUAGCAGUCUAAUAACACAGCUGGGGAGACACCCCUCACCGUCUGCGUGGCAGACCUCUGAAAACUGGCGGACUGGAACCUUUAUUUGGCUCACAUGGUGCUUUCAGGAAAAUCGAGCCACUGUCUAAGAAUCAGGAGGUUUCACAUCACAAUCAGCAUUUCCGGCUUCUCUUGAACAAUCAGAAGGUGAGGCAACUGUGAUCUGUAUUUUCAAAAGAGGACAAUCAAUUGGAACUAAGUAGGAGCUGCCUCUUUCGACAUGAUGUGUACCCUCUCACCUGGCCUGUGUCAUUGAUUUGUGUUAUCUGCCUGGUCCCCGAAGCAUCUGAGUACCUCCUCCCCUUCACAGGUGUAGGUUUGAAGGGGAGCUGAUGAUUCCCUCCGAGUUGAUUAUUCCCUUUUUUUUUUUAUCAUUAUGCCUGCAAUUUUUCCUAGCUACCACUAGGUGGAUAGUAAAUGUAUACUUAGGUUUC